AGCGAGGGGAGGUGCGAUGCAGGCCGGAACGCACGACGAGAAUCGCGCCUAGCCUGAUAUAAUUCGAACAUCGCGUCGUCAAAGGACAAGAUACUUGCAGGCCGCCGGGUUCGCGCUGCACGGGGGGCUUCUGGUCGUAGCGUACAUCUGAUUCUCCUGCGCCAUAUGCACCAAGGACAUAUCAGCACUACCCCGAAGAAGAUCAUGAGAAUUCCAACGAUGACUCCAUAUGGGAACCCGCUCCCGCUACCUUUGGGUUCCGAUGUUCCAGACUCGGAGGCCAAGAAUUUAGGCGCGCUGGGUACUGGCGGCGUGGUCACAGCCGGACUACCAUAUAUAAAUUAUUUAUGGGUUUACAACUCCGAUAUAUCUCUAUUAGCUUCGUUACUGUGUUGUCCCAAAUCACAGUAGGUGUUGGCCUUAGGCCAAUAUCCGAGGGGUCAGGCAGGGUCAGGGGCAGGAUUGAAGCGUCACUCCCACGCCCUUUCCCUGCAUGUGACUGUCAUGCAAGACGAUCGACGGUCAACGCAGGCAGGACCCCAGCCACUAUGACUUCGUAAUAUUACAUACAUCACUCCUGAGUGGCUCAUAACCAGAGCAUGGCCGACCAGGGCACAGCUUAACUUCUCG